AACUUUCGGUUUCAUUUCAAUGUAAACAAUGUCUUUUACACGUGGAUAUUUUGCAGGAACUGUCACUACAUUAUUUGCUGUCGGGAUUUACCAAUAUGUAAAUAUUUCUCAACGUCAUAUACAACACCAUCAUGAGAGCCAGCUAUCAGGGGAUUUGAAAGAGCAAGUUAAGAGGAAGAUUUUAAAGUAUGGGGUACCAAGCAAAGGAGAGGAACCAAAGGUGUUCACAAAUCACGUGCUGUCGUAUGAUCAGAGUAAAAAGACACCUGUCUGGGUCGCUGAGCGCAUCACCAAGGAACAGAUACAGGGGAGUGCCAGUAGAAAGUAUUCUAGAUUUAUGCCUGACCCCCAGAUCCAGUCCUUAUUCAGCACUGAGAAUGCAGACUUCCUGGGUAGUGGAUGGUCCAGAGGUCACAUGGCUCCUGCCGGCAAUAACAAGCAUGACCAGAGAGCUAUGGAUGAUACAUUUUACCUUUCCAACAUUGUUCCACAAGAUAUUAAGAAUAAUGCUGGUUUUUGGAACCGGUUUGAGAUGUACUGUCGGGAGUUGACCAAAAAGUUUGACGGCGUUCAAAUCAUCAGUGGACCACUGACUCUUCCAACAGAAACUGAUGAGAAAGGUCAAGAGCUUGUUGUGUAUCCUGUGAUUGGAAAAAAUCAGGUUUCUGUGCCUACUCAUUUAUACAAGGUCAUCCUUGUGGAGUCCAAUGGAAGCCCUUCAGCCAUUGGAUGUUUCAUUGUGCCAAACAAACCAAUAGAAAACAAGUACUCUCUUCACGAAUUUCAAGUGUCACUCAAGGAAGUUCAAAGAAGAACCGGUGUGGAGUUUUUCCCAAAUCUGCGCAAUGCAGAUCUGCAGGAUAAUCUUUGUUCCGUGGAUUCUUGUACAUUAGGGAAAUGAAACAGACAUAUUACUCAUAUUUUCUGAUAUUCCUGCGGAUGCAGGAAUGUGGACUGGAAUCUGUCAACAUGUAUCAGACAAUUUACUCAUUAUUCAUUUUUAAAUACUGAAAGCAAAUGACAGUGGACUUAUUAAUUGGCAUCAGUCGAUUAACAGGUGAUUCCGGUCUAAAGUCAUCAAGUGUUGACUGUGGUAAUAAAACCAUUCUCAGGAGAUAUGAAGAUGACCUUGUAGAUUUGAGGUUUUCACCUGUAUCAUCUAGGGCAAAUUUUUGCAAUGUUUAAUGAAUUUACAUGAUUUUUUAAUUAUUUUUUUCUACUUUUUAAUAUCAAGUUUGUAAAAGUCAUAUUUCAGGUGAAUGUCAGAGUUUUCACCAAAUUUAUGUAUAUAUAAAUAUCCACCUUGAUUUCUAGAUAUAGAAUUUUUAAUUAAUUUUUAUCAAAAACUUAUACAUGCAUGUUAAUUAUUUCUGAAUUAUUAUUAUUGAUGUAAAUUAUUUAAUUUUUACAGCUAUAUACUGAAUGUUUUGUAAUUAUAUAUAUAAUCUGGCUUAAUUAAUUCUAAAAAUUUAUUUAUUAGAUGCAUGUAGGACCACAGGGUUUUGACACAAUCUGAGCAAACUGAGUAUAUAUAGUUAUGUUAUUAGUAUACAUGUACUAUAUACCAGUUUGCUCAGAUUAAAUUCCGGUGACCUAUUGCAAUUGGUUGUCGUCCGUUAACAAUUGAACAUUUUUAUCUUCUUCUUAAUAACUUAUUAUAGACCAUUUCAAUUCUUCUUGAUAAUUCCAAUUCUUUUCAAAUUUGGUAUGAAGCAACAUUGGGACAAGGGGGAGAUAAAUUGUAAAUUUCAGGACUCCAGGGCACCUAUUCACAAAAUAUCUUACGACUAAGAUCAAAAUUUACAAACACUGUAAUUUCCUUAUUUUACAUUUCUUGUAGACAUUCUUAAUUAAUAUGUAAAGUACAUUCAUGGUUUAUAAAAGUUGAAUACAUACUGGUGACCUUGUGAUCAGCAUUUCAUUAUCAGACAGAAUUCUUUUUUUCAUCUUGGUCGUAAGAUAUUUUGUGAAUAAGUGCCCAGCACCCCAUGAGCCCUAGCAUCUUCACAAGUCAAGGGUUAUUGAUUCGUUACCUCGCACUAACCCUUGACAUCAGUGACUAUCAAAAAGUUGGGCUCGUUCUGAUUGUUUCCACAACAGAGUGGUAACCAAUGAGAAUGCAGUUCUAUUUAUAACAACAACGCAAAGCCAGAGAUUCAAAUAAAAACACGCGUAUUGAUACCUACAGUUAUGGCUAUUUCAAUCGUUUAAGCAAUAUUGUUUCCCAACUUAAUCUACUAUGAUCAAUAAAUGUAAUUAGUGGUGUAAAUAUUACAAUUGUGCGUGUUUAUCAAUACAGCAGUACGAGAUCGCGUCAUUUGUAUCCAUGUACACCAUAACAAGAUGCAGUGAUUUCAUUGGAUGUUUUAUUUAUAGUGGAUUGCGUAAUGGUUUAAUGAGCCCAACUUUUAUUUAGCGACUGAUGUCAAGGGUUAGUGUGAGGUAACGAGUCAAUCAUACCCUUGACUUGUGAAUUAAGAUGGGGCCAAAACUGCCCAAAAUUGACCAAUUUUCAAAAAUCAAGAACCAAACACGUGUAAGAAAAACUAAAUGCAUAGUGAUGUAGAACAGGAAAGCCUCUACCAAAAUUGUAAAUUUCAUGAUCCCCGAGGUAGGAGUUCUGACCCCAGGGCGGGGCCAAACUGGGUAUAUAGUGUUUAAGUGUAAAACACUUAAAUAACAUCUUCUUUAGUGCUAUUGAUACUAAAUUGAAUUUAAAUGGAUAGAGCAGGUAGUCUUUUACCAAAAUUGUCAAUUUGAUGAUCCCCAGAGUAGGGGUUCUGACCCCAGGGUGGGGCCAAACUUAGUAUAUUGUAUUUAUGUGCAAGUUUGCUGAUACUGUAUAAAAUUAAAAUGCAUACUUAUUAAUUAAGCAGAAAAGGAUGUACAAAAAAUGGUGAAUUUCACAACCCUGGGUUAUGACUUUGGGACGGGUCCAAAUUAGUCAUAUCUUUAGAUGUUUUAAUGUUAAUACACCUAUUAUUUAAAGCCUUUCAUCAGUGUAUGCACUUUUGAGGGCAGUGAAGUUUUAAGAACACAUUCUUGUUUUAUACUGUUGCUGAACAUUAGAAUUUAGCUUAGAUAUUUUUUUUCUAGAUUUCAUAGCCCGUGGGAGUAGUGAUAUUUUUUCACUAGUAUUCAGGUGACCGAUAAAGCCUGUGGGCCUCUUGUUGAAAAUACUUGAGGGUAUGUCAACUGCAAUGCUUCAUGUAUGUUGACAUACUUUUGUGCUAACGUCAUGCAUCACCGAGUUCAUACCCUCGUGUAUUUUCAAAAAGGAAUUUAUUUCUUAUACAGUACAUGAUACACGUACGUGUAUAUUAAUUUUCAUGCAUGUAUGUUUCUCCAUUCUGUUAUCACCAUGCCUGACCACACGUGUUCCAAAAUUCUGUAUCGACCAAUCAGUAAAUAAAUCUAACACUAGCACUA